AUGUCAACAAACGGAAGCAAUUUCCCUGCGUCGACGGACCUGGAAGCUACUUGGAAGUUUUUGGAGGAAGGAAUCGACCUGGUUAUGAACAAGUUAGACCAAGGGUUGAGCUAUAAAAAAUAUAUGGAAUUGUACACUUACCGCUUAUUCCUUAACUAUUAUCUUUCGUCAUUCGAAACCUCAAGCGGCAUUUAUAAUUACUGUACGAGCAGUCGGAUGAAUCAAGGAUUUGCUUCCGAACCGCUCUCUUCCGCUGGAGGCCAGGGCCUAGGCCAUAAUCGAGGUGCGAGUUUAAUGGGAAGCGAUCUAUAUAACCGGCUUCAGGACUAUCUUAAAAGACAUCUGGAUAAAAUAAGGAGGGACUCUGAACAAUACAUGGACGAGAACUUAUUACAGUAUUAUACAAAACAAUGGGAAAAAUAUACGACUGCCUCGACAUAUGUAAACCAUGUUUUCCGAUAUCUCAAUCGACAUUGGGUGAGACGUGAAAUCGAUGAGGGGCGCAACACAGUAUACGAUGUCUACACGCUCACCCUUGUCAGCUGGCGUGAGAAUAUGUUCAAACACGUUCAACGUAAUGUUAUGACCGCUGUAUUAAAGUUAAUUGAGAGGCAAAGGAAUGGAGAGACGGUUGAAACCAAGUUAAUAAAAUCAGUUGUCGAAUCUUUUGUUUCUCUCGGACUUGAAGAUAACGAUACCAACAAGUCAUCCCUAGAAGUUUACAGGGAACAUUUUGAGACAAUAUUUGUCGAUGCCACCAGAAUAUAUUAUAAGGCGGAAUCGGAAGAUUUUGUCAGCAAGAACAGCGUCACAGACUAUAUGAAAAAGGCGGAAUCAAGGUUGGCGGAAGAGGAAAGCCGUAUUAACUCAUAUCUGCAUCCGAACACCGAAAAACCACUCAUUAGCACUUGCGAGACUGUGCUGGUAAAGGAACACACGGACAUUAUGUGGGAAGAAUUCCAAAAUUUACUCAAUAUGGAUAAAUUAGACGAUUUGCAUAGAAUGUAUUCUCUUCUUUCGCGCAUUCCAGAGGGGUUAACACCAUUACGCGACCGAUUUGAGAAGCAUGUGCGCAGGGCUGGGCUUAGUGCUAUCGAGAAAGUUUCGGGAGAGAGCGAACCUAUAGAACCCAAAACGUAUGUUGAUGCUCUAUUAGAGGUUCAUAAAAAAUAUGCUGAAAUGGUGCAGAGUGCUUUCAGAGGAGAAGCCGGAUUUGUUGCUUCAUUGGACAAGGCAUGUCGUGAAUUUGUAAAUCGUAACAAAGUAUGUAUGACGUCAACGUCUAAAUCACCAGAACUACUUGCGCGAUUCUGUGACGCACUGCUUCGGAAGAGUGCCAAGAACCCUGAGGAGAAUGACCUGGAGGAAGUACUAAAUAGUAUUAUGACAGUUUUCAAAUACGUUGAGGACAAGGAUGUAUUUCAAAAAUUCUACUCUAAGAUGUUAGCAAAACGACUUGUAAAUGGCACAUCCGCAUCUGAGGAUGCCGAAUCUAGUAUGAUUUCCAAGUUAAAAGAAGCAUGUGGGUUUGAAUACACCUCGAAACUACAGCGUAUGUUUACAGAUAUGGGUCUUAGCAAGGACCUCAAUGACCAAUUCAAGGAACGCACACAGGAGACAGGCGAUCUAUCAGGGAUUGACUUCUCUGUCCUAGUGCUCGGAACAGCGUCAUGGCCUCUUCAACCAUCUUCUACAAAGUUUGAAAUUCCUGAAGAGGUUGAGAAAACAUUCCAGAGAUUCCAACUAUUUUACCAGAACAAACAUUCUGGAAGGAAAUUGAAUUGGUUGUUCCAUCUUUCAAAGGGUGAAUUGAAGACUAAUUAUUUAAAGGCAACGAAAACAGGAUACACAUUUCAGGUGUCAACAUUCCAAAUGGGUAUUCUUUUACAAUACAACAAAGAAAUAUCAUACACUUUUGAAGAGCUCUCUAACAGUACUGGAUUGACACCAGAUGUAUUAAAUGGACAGCUUGGAAUUCUAUUGAAAGCAAAAGUAUUAUUACAAACAACUGAUACUGGUGGGGCCAAAUAUUUAUUGAACUCGGACUUUAAGAGCAAGAAAGUCCGUAUUCAGUUGAAUCUACCAGUGAAAUCUGAACAGAAGAUUGAAGUGGAGGACACACACAAGACAGUUGAGGAAGACAGGAAAUUAUUGAUGCAGGCGGCAAUUGUACGGAUCAUGAAAACUCGCAAACAGCUCAAACAUGUAACUCUUGUACAAGAAGUUAUCGCCCAAUUGUCGAACAGAUUUAAACCAAAGGUUCCAGAUAUCAAGAAAUGUAUUGACAUAUUGCUGGAGAAAGAAUACAUAGAGCGCAUGGAGGGGCAUAAGGACACCUUCCAAUAUGUUGCUUAA